AUGGCCGAGAGUCCAAGCAUUUCCAUGAAGAAAGCGCCUGCCGAUGCAAUGCUUGUGACUUUUUUCCUGAAGGACGAGGUAAAAGACUGGGCAAUUGUGGACGAGGUUGAUAAUGAGGUGGAGGAACGAGAAAAGGGGCCACUGAGUCGGCUGCGAAGCGACGGUGCUUUUAUGGAAAAUGGGUUGUUGAAGGAAAGGCGUUCGGGCCCCGAGGAGGAAGUAAUAGAUGGGGCAACUGCAGAGGAUGCUGAUAAUGAAGAGGAGGAAUGGGAAAUGGGGGUGUUAAGUCGACUGCGAAGCGAUGGUGCUUUCAUGGAAAACGCGUCGUCAUCGUCGGAAGGGGGUCGAGUGAGAGCUCGAUGCCGGCAUCAAGCUAUUAGAGUCAAAAUGAGUGAAAGUUCGAGAUGUUACAAAACCCAUCCUUCGAAGAGGAAAUCAUCGACGGAGGCUAGUUCAGGAUAUAAGGGAGGAUCGAUGGUCACAGGGCUUAGCGAAGUCGAACUGAAAACCGAAAUGGUAUCCGCAUUAUUGAAAGAGUCUCCGGCAAUUUGCUUGAACAGCAAGGCUCACAGAUACCACUCACCGCCAACAGAAUCUACUGAACUUUCACCUGCAUUCCGGGAGCCAGUAGCGCUGCCGGGGUUCCGGUAG